AUGGCUAGUAAUGGUGUGAACCAAGAAGCCCUUUAUAUCGCCCUCGAAUACGUCAGCAUCGUCCUCUUCCUCUUCCUUCUCUUCCACUGCGCCUACCGCGGCAUCAACUAUCUCCUCCAGAUCUUCUGCGUCGCAGCCAUCAUCAACAACAUCAACGAGUCCAUCCUUGUCCUCUACUAUGGAGGCCAGGAUUUGGCCCCCGUCCGGGGUACAGAUGCCUGCAUCGUCUCGGCCUUCUUUGAGCAGUACGUCCCCAUCGUCCUCACCCUGCUAGCGGCCUGCAUGGGUAUAAAUAUCUGGCGGCUGAUUGUAUGGCAGAGCAAACGCACAGAGCGACAGAUGCUUCCGUGGUACUGCCUGUUUGCGUUUGGGGUCCCGUUUGUCUCUGUUGUGAUUGACAUCAUCCUCCUGAGGAACGAGCCGGAAUGGAUGGCCUAUCCACGGCGCUAUUUCUGUGAUUUGAAGGAGACUAAUGUGACCCUUGCGACGUUCGCCAUCCCGAUGGUCGUGGGGGCAUUUGCAGGCAUUCUUUUUACAUUGUGCCUUGUGCGGCACUACCAUCAGAUACGUCGAACUGUUAACCUCUCGGGAUUAAAUACCAACCGCAUAGUCUUUGAAUUAAGCCAUUGCAUCCGUUUGAUUAUCUUCUGCCUAUCAUUCGGUGCCAUUGUUGCGAUGGCGAUCCUACCAAGACUUAUCCAGAUGAAUACCGUCCAUCCCAACUACGACGAGUCCUCAAAGCUCUCGACGUUUUCGGACUACAGCGGCAGUCUUGUUGGCUACUUCAUCUUCCUCGUCUUUGGCACGACCAAGGAGUCGAUGCGGACGCUGUGGAUGAUCCUUUCGACUUGUUGGCGAUUCUGCACGUGUACCAGAGUGAGGAGGAGGAGGAGAGAAGCACAGGAUGCGGAGUCGGGCGGAGACCAGGACACACCGUCGGUGAACUCGCUGAGCUUCCAGGAUACGAUGAUGUUGAACAGCAACGCAAGCACGUCGUCGCGGAUACCAGAGCCUGCACCAGCGGACUAUACCAAUUCUUCGACUAAUUCACAAGCAUACCCCAAGACAGCGGGAGCUGAGAGGAUGGAGAGCCAUCGGGGGCAAGAAGAGCCAAGGGAGCAGGCCGCAUAG